AUGGAUCUUAUAGCUAAAUUGGAAUAUGACAUUUUACUAAUCAAAGAACAAGACAAGAAUAUGGUGUACAAUCAAAUCGGUACUAAUAUUUUGCAAGAUAUAGAAUCUGGAAUCUCUGAUUCAUAUCCUAUUCAUAAUGAAAUAAGAAAAAAAAAGCUUCAACAUAGGCCACCUACUGAAAGUUCUCCAAAAGAGGAUAUUUACAUAUCUAAUAUUAAAUCUA